AUGGACGCGUUAGCUUCCGACAGCGUCCCAUGGCUGUCACGGCUGCUAUCCGCUCUAAGAACUGGAAUUGCAUGCUUACUUGUCUUGCUUGGUGUGUCCAAAGCCAGCCGUUUUGUUGAAUUCCCCGUCUUUGGAUAUGUUGUCACAGUUCUCGUGCUCAGCGAGUCGGCACUCGGCAAAGCUCUCGAAGAUGCUGCCUUUGUCAUGUAUGGAACUCUCCAGGCUGCUGCAUUCUCGAUGGUGGUGCUGUCGAUCAUAGGUGAGUCAGUGGUUUCUCUCGAGUUUAACAAAAGGGAAAGCACCUGGGAGCUGAUCAUCGUCUUGGUUUUUGCCUCCUCCAUUCCUCCAGGAACGAAGAACUUCUCGCUCGGCGUGUGCCUCACUUGUAUCUUCGUCAAGAGCUUCCUGUGGAGCUAUCUCCCGAACCAAAAGCCAGUGAAGAAGAGGCUCGCGCUGGCCAUCACCACCAUCGUCUACGUGAAUGCGUACAACAAUCCCCUGACUCAUCCGGUCUUCUUUCCGCUCAAGUUGACGCUCACCACCACGCUCGGCACUGUGUCUGCGAUAAUUGCCUUGAUAUUCCCCGUGCCACGCCUCUCAGCUUAUCAGGUGCAAUAUAACACGAAGCUCUUCGCCAAGCUCGCGAUGGAAAACUUUGCUGUCCUUGUCCAUGCAUUCUGCAGUAACGACCAAGAAGAGAUCACGAGUUUGUGCCUGCAAUCCAAAUCAGUGCAGCGAGCUGCUUUGAAAGCGUACUCGGAGAUACAGAGAAGAAAAGUAACGUACCUCAGAGAAGGAAACUCUCUCAUACUGACAGUGUGUGCUACAUACAGGUUGAAACAGCUUGGGAGCCUGGGGUUUUGGUUCAAGCAAGGAGUCAAGCAAGGUGCAGCUGUUUCGAAGCUGGUUCAAGAUAUGACGAGGAACUCCUUGGAGAAACUCGGGAGCUGGAGCAACUCUUUUCUGUCAGGUACAAUCUCUAGUUUUCCAAAAUCUCAAAUCCAGGCCGAGAAGCAAGUCCGGAUUGAGGAAGUUCGCGAAGCUCUGCUGACUCUUCAUGAUUAUGCCGCGGCUACUUGGAACCGCUCAGACUGUACACCGGAUGAGGAAUUUCGACGGAUGUUUUUCCUGUUCACUGUCAAAAAGUUUGUCGAGGAGGAGAUCAAGAUUCUGAUGGCCGGCCAAGUUCCUGUUGCUUUGUCACAUCCUGCUUGCCACCACGGUUGCAAAGCAGCAGCAAUUUCAAGCGGAUCAGCUCUCCCAGUUCACUCAUCAAACACCACUCCAAGUAACUUAGUCGCAGCAACGAGGAGAUCAUUGAAUCUGGCAGCGAAUAAGAAAAUGGUCAUUGAGGCAUUUAAGAUCGCACUAUCAAUGGUCAUAGCUGUGUACCUGGGAGUGCUGUACAGGAAGGACUAUGGGUACUGGUCGACUAUCACAGUAGCAUUGGGCCUUUUCAACCAUCGCACCGGAACGUUCAAGAGCACCAGCCUGAGGCUCCAAGGUACAGCCCUGGGAACAGUAUAUGGUUAUCUGGUCGCAUUGACAACACAUCAAGCUCUACUUACCACCAUUUUUGCAAUAUUGCCUUGGCUGGCCUUUACGAGCUUCAUGAGAAAGAGCAAACUGCUGGAACUCACUGGAGCAUCCACGGCUUACACCUCGGCUGUCAUCAUCGUCGGAAGAAGGCGACCCGGAAUUGUUCAAGACUUUGCGGUUCUUCGCAUGGCAAUGGCUGUUCUUGGCCUGGGGGCUUUUAUGGCCGUUGAGGCACUCAUCUGUUCCAGGAGAGCAGCGAGACUUGCACGCAGGGAACUCGAGCUUAACUUGAAGAAAAUCCAGGAAUGCAUGCAGGUGAUAUUUGACGUGCACAGCAUAGAAUGCAGUGAGUGCUUUAAAGCAGCGAUACCUGAGGUGAGAAAGAAGGAGCAAACAAUCAGAGAUGGAGUCGAACGUCUGAGACAACUUACAGCUGAAGCAAGAGCAGAGCCUGACUUCUGGCACGCACCGUUUCAUGACGGUAUCUAUAGCAAGCUCUGGGAGAGUCAGAGUAGGAUAACGGAGCUCUUGAGUUACCUGAGCCUCGCAACAGUCGACUUCCGGUCAGAAGGCAAACUGUUCACUGGGGGUGUCACUCGCCAACUAAAGAUAAGCCAAAUUGGCCUCUCAAAAACUUUCGAGUGCACUUAUCAGUCCCUGCGGCAAAAAAGAAGCAAGGCCCAGCAUACUGCAGACAUAGAGAAUCAGUUCGAAGAGUCUAGCAUCAAAGACGACGCCGACACCUCACCCCCAGAAGAAAUCUACAGAGAUUUCCAGCUAGUGCAUUCGGAAGCCGCGUUGACGAUUGGAGCAAUCGGCUUUUGCUGCCACGAGCUUCUAAAACAAGCCACGUAUCUCAAAAAGCUGACGCAAGAGCUGCUACUGCAGGAAGAAGAAGAAUCGCAGAGUUAG